AAAAUGCCAAACUCAUCCAGUACCUCUCAACCGGCAACUACGGGAAGUGAAACAGCAUCGACUUCCUAUGUCAACUACGUCGAAAUGAGUGCUGAACAGGAGUACUUCCUGUACGAAUUGGAGACAACGGACAGUGGAAGUAUGGGCCUUGUUCUACGUGCUAUCUACGACACCGGAGAUGUGCAAUCAUUCGCACGGGCUUUACAACAAAGAAUCAGCCAUUACGACAAGAAUAUUCAAAAAGUGUGCUCCUUCCACUACCAAAGCUUCGUGGAUGCCAUGCAGGAGCUUAUGAAGCUUAAAGAGCAGUGUCAAGAUAUCAAGGAAGAGACCGUGGCAAUUGACGCCGAGAUUCAGCAGAUUAGUCAACGUUUGUGUCAGAAGAAGCAAGAAAUCGUGAGAUAUCGGAAGCUCAUGAAAAACGCGAAGACAGCUAUGGAUCAAAUCGCCGUUUGCCUCCCGGUACUUGAAAACUAUGCGAAGCUUCAAGAGCAAAUGAGUAAUCGCAAGUACUACCAAGCUCUGAAAACUCUGGAAGAGUUGGAACACACUCAUCUUGCCCUAGUGGAAAAGUACCGCUUCACACAAGUGCUUGCAAAAAGUAUGGCGCCAGUUCGUUUGGAGAUUAAGGAAAAAGCUUACUCCGAGUUCAAAGACUUUUUAGAGAACAUCAAGAAAGUUGCUGGACGUAUUGGAAAACAUGCGAGCAAGGAUACAGCUGAGCAACAUUCCUUUGGAGUCACCGACGCCGAAAGAGCCAAGAAAAUUCAAGAAGAAGCAAGGAAAAAUGCGAGCAAUGUCGAGAUUGAAGUGUCCGCUGACGGUAGUAUUGUGAAGAAAAAUAUGUCGCCCAAACGAAACAUGAAAAUGCAAGUUGAGGAUGAUGAACAAGUAUCGGCUCAAGACUUGAUCGAUUUCACUCCAGUUCACCGUUGCUGUCAGAUUUUCAAUGUUCUCGGUGCAAAAGAGGAGUUUGAGCAGUAUUACCGUCAACAGAGAAAAGAGCAGUGUGACUUGGUGAUUGAGCCAACUCACAAAAUGAACAACUUCAAGCAUUAUGUGGAGUAUCUCGAUGAGAUCGUCGGAUUCUUUGUCGUGGAAGAUCAGAUUUUGAUGACACAAUCCAAUUUGUCGACAACUGUGGAUAAGGAUAAGUUGUGGGAUAAUGCGCUCAUGAAGAUUCGUCAGCAUUUGGAUGCAAGAUUCGGAGGAUCUCCAGAUGUGCUGAUGAUGUUGAAGAUGAAGAAGGUAAUUCUUCUCUUCAUUCUUACUAUGAAAUCAUACGGCUACGCUGUUGCACCACUCUAUGAACUUCUGCAAAACUUCAGGGAUCAGUACAAUGAGAUUCUGGUAAAAGAAUAUUGUGCUCAGUUUGAGAGGGAUUUGGAAAAGGAUAAUUAUACACCGAUCACGGUCAACUCGGAAGAAGAGUUUCGAACUAUCAUCAGAAAGUUUCCAUUUUAUAAAAGAAGCAUGGAGCAGGAACCGUUCCCACGGAGGUUCCCGUUCUCUCCGUUUGUCACUGAUGCCUAUACACAAGCCAAAAACUAUUUGAUUGGAUGUCUCAAGUUUAUGGACAAUCUUCAACUCAAUACUUCUGCUGUUGAUGACACUGUUCGCCGUUGCGCCAACGUGCUUCUUGGACGAUGGGCUGGAGUUUUGAAGUCAUUUGUUCACAAACGGCUCUCUAUGAUUCAACUCGUUCAAAUUACAAUUAACCUGGGAUAUUUGGAAAAAUCCUGCGAGUCACUUGGAGCAUUUAUCACCAGUAAAACUAGCGGAGAGGAGGCAAUAGGAACUACUUCCCAUCAAGUUGUGCUGUCUGAAAAGGUGUUCCGCGACGUGAGAAGUGAAGUCGAGCAGCAGAUUGAUGAGUGUAUGCGAAGCAAAGUUGAUGAAAUCAUUGAUCUUGCAAAUUACGACUGGGAAUUGCCUGCCGCUGCCGGACAGGCAUCCGAGUUCAUCUCGGAUCUUAUAAAUUUCCUUCAAACCACAUUUACUUCAUUCACCAAUUUGCCAUCAGGACUUGCAAAGCAUGUUUGCACUCAAACUUGUAAACACAUUUCGCAAUCAAUGUCAGAUUUCUUGUUGUCUCCUGAAACCAAGUGCAUUUCAACAGGAGCUCUGGAUCAGUUUUCUCUAGAUGUGAUGCAAUGCGAGAUGUUCACCACGAGGUGCCCGGUAGCUGGAGUGGAUCCACAAACGCUGUCAAUGACGUUUGCAGAUUUGAGACAACUGCUCGACCUCGUGAUGUCAUCGGAUUGGACAACGUUCAAUGCCGAAUACGGAAAGGAUCAUGCCAAAUACCUGAGAGUGAAGGCAUCGACUGCCAUUGUUGUUCUAGAAAAAAUGAUUGAAUUCGAGCGAAAAAGCACUGGAUUCUUUGGAAUCGCCAAAGGAGAUCGCAAGAAGCUUCUCGACACAAUUGUCCGUCAGUUGAAACUCCUGGAAAUUUAGUGAUUUUUUAAAUUAAUGUUACUUAUGUUGCCUUUUACUGUGGUAUGAUUAUCAAUAGAUGCGGAAUUAUUUUAUUGUCAACGUUGCAUAAUUUAUUUAUUGUAUGAAAAGUUUUGAAUUCUU